UAUGAAGCCACUGUCUGUCAACAGUAUCUGUCAGCCGACUCCGCCCAUUGAAAAGUUUAAUACGCCAUUAACAUAGGAAGAUCAGGGGGACUAAGGGUGCUGAAGAACUGAGUUAAGUAGCUUUCCUGAUUGCGAGAUCUCUCUGAGCAACAUAGUCUUAAAGAGACAUUAGACGAUAUGGAGCUUGAGGGAGACCCUGAAGUCGUGAGUAGGAGUGUCGAGGAGGAGAGAGUUGAGUCACCUGGUCUCAGCUGCCUGUCUAUGAAGAGUAACAGGUCAAUGUUUGAACCCAUUCACUUCAGAGGAGAAACCAUGCACCCGGAUCUCAGUUUGCUGACUGUGCGUCAUUUCAGAUGCCCUUUGUGUUCAGAUGUGUUGACAAACCCGGUCUCCAUUCCCUGUGGACACAGUUACUGCAGGCAGUGUAUCAGCACACACUGGGCCCAGCCCGGCCAUGCAGGAAACUAUGUGUGCCCCCAGUGCAAUAAGAGAUUCAGAGCCAAGCCUGAGCUCUACACUAACACAGCCUUGGUCAAGGUGCUCCACGAGCUCCAGCAGGCAGGCUUCAGUCCUGCCCUCCCUGCUCUGGGCUACGCUGGGCCCAUGGAUGUGGCAUGUGAUAUAUGCUCUGGCCAGAAGCUGAGGGCGGUUAAGUCCUGUUUGACCUGCACUGUCUCCUACUGUGAGCCUCACGUCAGGCAGCACUACACCAUCCCAGCUCUGCAGAGACACACCCUGGCCGAUGUCAUUGGAUACGGUGGACACAAAGACCACCAUGGUAACACUGGAAAGAAAGAGAGAAUCAAAGAGGAGAGAAAUAAUGAGAAUGAGGUGGAGGGGAGCGUCUCUAAAAAGAUGAAGAUGGGGGAAGAAGAUUCUGAGCUGAAGAAAAUCAUCUCUGAGCUGAGGAAGGAGAAUUCAGUAUUAAAACAAGAGGCAAUUGAGAAACAACGGAUGGACAUCAGAACUGCUGACCUGUAUAAGACCAUCAACAAACUCCGCUCAGACCUUCAGCAAAAAGCAGCUGAGACUCAGAGAGGAAACCUGGAGAAUAUUACAGCUGGCUGGGUGGAGGUGCCAGCUCUGGGUCGGCCCAUUCACCCUGGAAUGCUGUAUAACUGUUGCUCUGAGUCCUUCACUCCAGACUUCUUGUGUGACUCAGACAAUAAGAUAAAAAGGAAAAUAUCCCUGCCGUUCCCAUUCACUGAGACCAAGGUAAUAGAGACAGACUCUCUGCAGGAGAGGUUCAGAGCUUUGGGACUGGAUCAGCCAAUCAGAACCAGUUUCCUGUCUGGACUGGUGGAUGUGGGAGGAGCUGCAGAGUAUCUAAACCAUCCUCUCCUGCACAAAGGGGACUAUGUGACUCUGCACUACAAAAGAACCACCCGACUGGAUCAGUUGACUUUCUUCCUGUUAGAGAAGGUGAGGUGUCCUGAAGUGAUUCAGCAGCAAACAUCCACACACAUGGUCAUGGCUGUGACAUAUGGAACUCAGGCCUUCAUCGUUUGUAAGACCAGCAGAACAUGGACCAUGAGCAAAGUUAUCAAUAAACUGAAGAAAAUGAUCCAAUUUCUCACAGCAGAGGACGGAGCGUCUCAACUAGCUACAUCUUCUGGUCUCACCUGUACCUACUAUGGAGAUCUUGAGACAAAUAGAGGUGAUAGAGAGAUAACUGAUCUCAGUGAGUCCUUCCCUAAGCUGCUGGGUCUCAGUGGAGAGAAGGCUGUUCCUUUGAGAGUUUGGCUCUGCCCUCUGAAGAACCUGUACCCUGCAGCAACCUGUGUGAGGGAGAUCAGUGAAGACCUGCAGUCCAGGGUAGAGAGAGAGAUGGAACACUACAGAUACACAGGCACAAGGUGUGAGGAGAUGGUAAAGCAUGAGUGGGUCAGUAAAGUUCAGGACCUGAAAGAUAAAUUGAUCAAUUUUAUAGAUCUCAUUCAACAGUACCUAGCUCAACUGCAGAAACUCAUGGGUAGAAUUUUGGUGUCUGUGAGGUCAGGAGUGCAGGAGGAGAAAGCUGUUGAAGAGGAGAUGAAAGGUCAUGACCUGUCCCCGUUCAGAAUGGAAGCAACAGGACAGUGGCUGGAUGACAAACAGGCUGAGCUGAAGUUCCUUGAAUCUCUUGACUCUAAAAUCAGAUCUAAGAUGGUGUCUACAGACCAGCUGCAAAAAGUCAUUAGUAAUUCAAAGACAGACACUGUGGUGUGUUUCACUCUCACCUCUCUGGGUGAAACAGACCUGUAUCUCUCAUCCCUGAAGCAGCAUCUUGACUCCCUACAGACAUACUCACAGACCAGGCCUGGCCACCGCUACCAGCACACUCAACCCUGGUUCAAGUCUGAGGAGAACAAGGAGAGAGUAACAACGGCAGCUAGAGCUUUUCUUGAUUUCGUUAAGGUCACCAAGAAACUCAAGAUCGUUGCAACCUCCAUUCCAAAUGAUUCCACUCCUGGAGCCUCCAUCCGUCUCUACCAGGGAGGCAGGUUAGUGGACUCUGACUAUGAAGCUGUGUCAAAGCCUGAGACCGUUAAGGUAGUAGACACAGAGCAGAGUAGUGUGACCCUCCUCUUAUCCCCGUCAAAGACUGGACACACUGACAGGUUCAGAGUGGAGUACAGACCUGUCAGACCUGACCUGUUCUUUCUCCAUGAGGAGAAGAACUGGAGAAGCAUGACGACCGGAGAAAAUGGGAAAGCCUUUGUGAUAUCAGGCCUGGAGAGAGAUACACAGUACCAGAUCAGACACAGAGCAGAGGACAUGGCAGGAGUGACUAGUGAGUUCAGUGACAUCACUGUGGCAGAGACUGGGUCAGGGUCUGAGCCUGGGCGUCCGGUAGUCCAGUCAGCAGACAGAAACUCGGUCACUCUGACCUGGAGAAGACCAGUGGAGGCUGCAAAGGGACGGCCUGUGCUCCACUACAGACUGGAGUACAGAGAGGAGGGACAGGACGAGUGGGUCAUACUGCUAACAGACAGGGACGAGUGUGUGUACUCCCUAACACCCACACACACCUCUUGCAGAGUCAGAGUAUGUGCCAUCUAUAGAGAGGGAGACAUGAGUGAACCUAGCAAAGAAACAGUCAUCCCACUGGCAGCUGAUGUGACUCUGGACCCUGAUACAGCUCACUGUGAGUUGAUCCUGUCUGAUAAUGGGAGGAGAGUGACAGUAGGAAAAAAAAGGAAGGUUCCUAAUAAUCCACAGAGAUUUGAUGGGUGGGCCUGUAUCCUGGGAAAGGAGGGCUUCCGCUCUGGACGACACUUCUGGCACGUGGAGGUGAAUAUUGGGGUGGAGGCAAGUUGGGCUGUAGGAGUGACCAGGGAGUCUGCUGAAAGGAAAGGAUGGUUCUCUUUCUCUCCGAAUGAAGGUUACUGGUGUCUAAGUAAACCUUCUUGUAGUUCCACCCUGUGUGUCUUCAAGACCAACCUCCCCUGGCCCUCUAACCUCAAAUUGUUGGAUGUGUGUGUGGAUAUUGAGGAGAGGUGGGUCUCCUUCUACAACGGCGUGUCCAGGAGUCACGUUUACACCAUCACUGACAUGGUCUUCACUAAGGGAGAGAGGAUUUACCCACUGUUGCGAACUUAUGGAAGAGAUAAAGGCCUUGUGAUCCAGGAGCUGAAAUAGACUUCCAGGCAUCAUAAGAACCCUUGAACAGAAAAGUGGGCAGUCAUCCAAAAAGCAGACAACAUUAGAGGUUCAGAGUGCGUCCUAAUUAUCUCCCUUUGUCCCAUAGUGUGCACUUGCUCACCCCCCUUCACUGAUUUGAAAGAAAAUUACUGGUAUAAGAAAUAUGGUGGAAACUAACUCCCACUAGCACAUGACUCCACCAAUCCAAAAUAUUAAUGGAGAGUAAUGAACGAGUGCACACUUCAGGAGGAAGGGAGAGAUUUUUGGGACACAGACUCAGCGUGUGUGACAUUCUGUUGCGCAGUUUAGGGAAUUCCACAAUCACACACCAGUGCUGUACCUCCCUCUAGUGGCUGGUGUCUGCAGCACAUAUGUCUGCCAAUGUGUGAAUAGAAAUCUCCAGGGGGUCAGCAAUGGGCGCCAAAACAGCCUG